GUCAAAUGUUCCACCCUCAAGGAAAGUACAAGCACAGUCGCUACGUUGAAAGUGUUAAAAGUAUUUCUGCUGGGUUAACUUCUCCAUUUCGGGAUUUCGUCUUUUGUAUUUGUAGAAUGAGCGUGGGCUUCAUAGGAGCGGGCCAGGUGGCCCAUGCUCUGGUGCGAGGUUUCACAGCUGCAGGUGUAAUUGCCAGUCACAAAAUCACAGCCAGUUCCCCAGACACAGAUCUCCCAACAGUCCAGGGACUGCGGAAAUUAGGUGUGCAUUUCACAACCAGCAACAAGGAGACGGUAAACAAAAGCGACGUCCUUUUCCUGGCGGUGAAGCCUCAUAUUAUUCCUUUUGUACUCGACGAGAUCGGACCGGAUAUCGAGGAUCGUCACCUGAUUGUGUCCUGUGCCGCAGGUGUCACCAUCAGCUCCAUCGAGAAGAAGCUACUGCAGUACCGCGCGAAUCCAAAGGUGAUGCGUUGCAUGACCAACACUCCGGUGGUCGUACGUGAAGGGGCUACUGUGUACGCCACGGGUACCCAUGCCGAGGUGGAGGAUGGAAAGCUCUUAGAGCAGCUGAUGGCCAGUGUCGGAUACUGUACGGAGGUGGAGGAGGACCUGAUUGACGCCGUAACGGGCCUUAGUGGCAGUGGACCAGCUUAUGCAUUCACGGCUGUGGAUGCGCUUGCUGAUGGAGGUGUGAAAAUGGGCCUGCCCAGGAGACUCGCUGUACGCCUCGGAGCCCAAGCCAUGAUGGGGGCAGAUCGAAUGCUCCUGGACUCAGAGCAGCACCCCGGACAGCUCAAAGACAAUGUGUGCUCACCUGGGGGCGCCACCAUUCACGCCCUACACGUGAUGGAAAGCGGCGGAUUCCGCAGCCUCCUCAUCAACGCCGUGGAGGCGUCCUGCGUUAGGACGAGGGAGCUUCAGUCAUUGGCAGACCAGGAGAACAUCUCUCCAGCGGCCAUCAAGAAGACAACGCUGGACAAAGUAAUGCAGCAGCCAGGAGUAACCGUGGAGGCGGUUGGAGUCAGAUCACGCGGGAUUAGCAUCUUUAACAAUAACAAACCAAAAAUGAAGAAGAACUGAUGAUGUUAGCUUGUGGAAGCAUUUUGCAAUGAAAAGACAAAUAGCACGAUACCUACAUAUUUUUAACACGUUCUUCUUAAAUGGGUGUUUUGAGAAGAAAUUAUCAAUAUUUAUGCACGUUU